AUGUUCUCUUAUAUUCUAGCUGUUUCUUUAAUUCAAGGAGUUUUAUCAUAUGCCGUUGGCACUGGAGUUCAAGCGAAUCCCAGCGGUUGCAACGUUUGUGGCCAACAAGGACAAUGGAGUGCUUGGACGGAAUGGUCGUCGUGCUCAGCCGCCUUCGGAACUCCCGUCCAAACUCGUACUAGACUCUGCCCAUCUGGAAAUUGUCAAGGUGGAUCUACCACCGAAUCGAAGCCAUGUGUCCUUUAUGAUCCACAGCCAACUCAACCACAAUGGGGAGCUUGGGGAUCUUGGAGCGCUUGCAGUGCCAGUUGCGGUGGUGGUACAAUGACUCGAAGCCGUGUUUGCAAUAACGGAUGCUCGACCUGCCAAUGUGUCGGUGCCGCUGCCGAAUCCCAAGCUUGCAAUGCUCAGCCAUGCUGCACUUGGACUGCGUGGUCUUCCUGGUCGUCGUGUUCGGUUAGCUGCGGAACUGGAGGUUCUAUUUCCAGAAGCAGACAGUGCAGUUGUGGAAGCGGAUGCACCGGAUCAUCUGUCGAACAAGAACCAUGUCCUCAACAAGCUGAGUGUCCAUGCACCACUUGCAAUCAACCACCACCACCUUGCAAUACCUGUAACACUCAACCACCAGUUGUUAUUGUGACACCUUCUCCAUGCACAACUUGCUACCAGCCACCAGCUUGCUCAACAUGCGGACAUGCUCAACCAUUCUACGAUCCAUAUGGAAAUGGAAGAAAGAAGAGAAUGAUUGGAGGUGCUAGGGGAAAUUCUAUUAGUAUUGCCAACUGA